AUGCUUGCUGUUUCUGUGGACGGAAAUCGCAAGCACUACCGCUUUAAGAACGCAGCAAGAUCUGAAGAACAGGCCUUAUUUGAUGGCAUCUUCAUUGCAAAAGAUGAUGAAGUAGAAAGAUUUGUGGAUUACAUUCAUUCCAACACCAACCAUGUCUCUGGAAGAGGUGUCUGUGGAGGGGAGUGGUCAGCUGCCAGGGAAACUUCUCAGAGAUCCUCUAGUAAAAUUGAUGAGGAGGGACUUGAGCUUGCGGUCUGUCGACAUGGAGUUUUUCUCGGCACUCUCAACAUGUUCAGGGGAGAAAUAUAUGCUUAUCCCCUCUACCUGCAGAACAAGCUGGCAAAUAAGUCAAUAAGCUUUUUUGCCAUGGAUGUAACCUGCAAGUACUGGCCCUACCUCAACAAAGUGACAAAAAGCUGCCCGGAGCUCCAGCACCUUCUGAGCAUGAAACCAUUCCUCUCAGUGUUUCAUGCCAAAGCCCAUGAUUUUAAAUGCGAGGUUAAAUGGAGUGGAGCUUACCAGCAAGGGGCCGGAUUGACACUUGGGGAGGAGGUUGAGCAGUGUAACGCCUUCCUCUCUAGGAUUGCUGUGACCACAAAGCACAUGUCCAAAGCAGGACGUACAGACAUGCUUACACUGAUGGCCAUGCGCUGGAAUCAGCAAAAGUUUAAUAACUUGGUUGCUUCACUUGCCUGCCGAUAUCAGAAGGUAUAA